AUGGCAGAGUCGACCGAGGAGGUGGCAGUGCUGGUGCAGCGGGUGGUGAAGGACAUCAACAACGCCUUCAAGAGGAAUCCGCACAUAGAUGAAAUAGGACUAAUUCCCUGCCCUGAAGCUCGAUACAACCGGAGUCCAAUAGUCUUGGUUGAAAAUAAACUUGGUGUGGAGAGUUGGUGUGUCAAGUUUCUUUUGCCAUAUGUUCACAACAAGCUUCUCCUCUAUAGGCAAAGAAAGCAGCGACUAAACAAAGAUGAAUUGAUAGAUGUCACAUGUACCCUGCUACUUCUAAACCCAGACUUUACCACUGCAUGGAACGUGAGGAAAGAGCUAAUCCUAUCUGGCACUUUAAAUCCAAUUAAGGACUUGCAUCUGGGAAAACUGGCCUUAACUAAGUUUCCGAAGAGUCCAGAAACAUGGAUUCACAGGAGAUGGGUGCUACAACAACUAAUUCAGGAAAACUCCUUACCCACUUUUGUGAAGAAAGAGAACUUGGCAACAUUUCCCAUGGAAAGAGUACAGCGAAUAGUGCAAGAGGAGAUCGAGGUCUGUGGUGAAGCUGCUGGAAGAUACCCAAGUAACUAUAAUGCCUGGUCUCAUCGCAUCUGGGUUUUGCAAAACUUGGCAAAGCUGGAUAUCAAGAUUCUUCUUGAUGAGCUAUCUUCCACCAAACAUUGGGCAUCGAUGCAUGUUUCAGAUCACAGUGGAUUUCACUACCGCCAAUUCUUAUUGAAAUCUUUGAUAAGCCAAACUGUGACCGACAGUACUGUAUUGGAACAAAACCCUUUGGUAAGUGAACAUAUCUCAGAUCUUCCAAAAGAUGAUGAUGAAGAUACCUCUGCAGAGCACCACAGAGUGGUGGAUCUUUCCCAUCUCCUAGAGGAAGAAGUUGAAUUCAGCACAGAUCUCAUUGAUAACUACCCAGGACAUGAAACACUCUGGUGCCAUAGGCGGCAUGUGUUCUACCUUCAGCACCACUUAAACAGUAAGCUUCCUCACAGCCUGAUGCGACUAUCACCCAUGGACAGCAGUGGAGGGACUUUAAAUGAUUUACAUCUCAGCCCGGCAGUCACUCACAUGACUCAGGCCAUGGAUGUGGAUGGCUUAAAUGACUCUAACAAGCAAGGCUAUUCCCAAGAAACUAAGCGCCUAAAAAGGACACCAGCUCAGGACUCUCUUGGCAUAGAAAUGGAGCACAGGUUUAUUGAACAAAUUUUGUCUACCUGCCGAAAUGUAGAGCAAGCCAGAUUUGCUAAUGCUUAUAGGAAAUGGCUGGUUACUUUGAGUCAGUAAAAGAGAUGGAAAAGUCCUUCAGGGGUUUACUUUUAGUGAAAUAUUACUUUCUUUCUUUUCCUUUCUUACACAGUUGCAUGUACUGGUUCUUGUAUUGGCCCUUCACCCUUUAUGAUCAAUUUUAAGGUUUGCAGGAAAACUCUUUUGUGUUAUUUAUUUUGUUAGUAACUGGCAAUUCUUUUGUGGA